UAACAUUCGCAUAUAUUUAAUGUUCAUUAUUUGUCAAUUUUUGCUCAAGUUAUUAUAGUAAGUCAUUUAAAAUUAUAAUUGAAUCGAUGUUUUCAUUGUGAUUGUUGAUACCAUAGUCUUAACAAAGACCUCAAUGUUUUAAUUAAAAGAGUCCUUUGAGGCUAAGAUGACUGCCUGUUCCAUAUGCUGGCCUUGGGUUACCUUUCCAUGAGUGGCUCUAAGACCUAAGACCAUUGACCUUUGGCUGACCUUAAGGAAGCCAUGUGACGACUGCUACUCUUGCCAUUAGACCUGGGUGGUGAGGACCCCAAGGGUUAGAGGCAGAUGUGAUAAAACUGAAAAUAGGUGCCUGAAAUCUUUUUCAUGUCAGAUAUUCUGAAAACCAUUUUUCACCGUGGUUAUGGUUAUAGAAGAUCUGGAAGAGACAGAUAUGGACCUCCAACCCGUACAGAAUAUAGACUUAUUGUGGAAAAUUUAUCUAGUCGAUGCAGCUGGCAAGAUUUAAAGGAUUAUAUGCGUCAAGCAGGUGAAGUUACAUAUGCAGAUGCACACAAAGGAAGAAAGAAUGAAGGUGUCAUUGAAUUUAAAUCCUAUUCUGACAUGAAAAGAGCACUUGAAAAACUGGAUGGCACAGAAGUUAAUGGCAGAAAGAUCAGAUUGGUUGAAGACAGGCCUUCGUCACGGCGACGACGCUCGUAUUCUAGGAGCCGCAGUCGUUCAAGGUCUCGUUCUCCAAGUAGAAAUCGUUCCCGUUCUCAUAAUAAGAGUCGGAGCCAUAGUGAGAGCAGUCAGUCUCAAUCUAGGUCUGGCACCCAUUCCAGGAGUAAAAGUGGAAGCAGAAGCAAAAGUCGCAGUGUGAGCAAGAACAAAAACAAGAGCAGGAGCAGAAGUAAAGAGAAGAAAAUCCGAGCUAGUAGGAGUGGAAGUGAGGGGAAAAGUAGAAGUAGAAGUGUUGAAAAGAUGAAAGAUGACAACGAAGUAAAAACUGAGAACAGAAAUGAAAAUGGGGAAAAAGAGAGGAGUCUUAGUAAAGAGAACAGUAGAAGUCGGAGUAAGAGUAAAGAAGGAGAAAACAGUGUAAGUAGAAGUAGAAGCAAAGAGAAGGAUAAGAGUAAGAGUAAAAGUAGAAGCAGGAGCAAAGAGAAGAGUAAAAGUAGAAGUCGAAGCACGAGCAAGGAGAAAAGGAAAGGCAGGAAGAGGAGCAGAAGUGAAAGCAGGAGUCGGAGCAGGAGUCGGAGCAAAAGUGAGAAGAAUAAAAAGCGUAGCAAACGUGAAAGCAAGAGUAAAAGUGCCAGUAAGAGCAGGAAGAGAAAGGGUGACGACAAGGAACAAUCUAGGUCAAGGUCAGAAUCAAAGGAAAAAGAGGAAGAGGCUAUGGAAACAGAUAAUGAGAAAGAAAUUAAGGGUGAAUAUGGAGAAAUGGAUGGGGAAUCAGACUCUAAUGAACAGACAAAACCAAGUCCUGCAUCUCGUUCUAGGUCAAAGUCCAGAUCGAAAUCUCGUUCCAGGUCCAAAUCGAUCACCAAAGCUGAAUCACGUUCAAAGUCGUGUUCCCCUUCUCGGUCUGUGUCAAGAUCUGUGUCUCGUUCCAGGUCCAGGUCACGCUCAAAGUCCUAAAUUUUCCCCCUCUACAUUUUCUAUGAAAACGUUAACAUUUUUUUCUGGCAGGUCUAUUGUUAGCUGUACCACAGAUAUUAAAAACAAUAACUACUGGUAUGCUGUACAUUUUUCGUAAUAGAAAAGAUGUAUUUAGUGCUAAAUUAAACUUUAACAGUGGGCCUGUACUCUCAGGAGGACUCUUAGGUAGGUAUGCUGUAUUCAGAGUAAUGGUGCCCAUUGCAGCUGAUUACUUUUUCACAUGUAUAAUGAAGUCUUAAAAAGUUAUAUUCAUCUGUAUUGAUCACUUUUUAAAAAUUCUGUUUCCAAUGUUGUGGACUUCAUAGCCAAAACACAUAGCAAAUUGUAAAAUUUUGCCAAUAUAGUGUAAUCAGAAUGUAGAGUUUUUUUCCUCCAUUGAGAGAAAAAAUAUACAGCUCUUUGCCCAAGUUUCUGCUUUUUAAAAUUUUUUUUCAGCUGGCUAACGUGUGUUGCUUUUGUUUUUGUUUGGUUCAAUAUAAUGAAAAUAAAUGUCUGCCUGGAAUCC